AUGAACGAGAGAGCGGGAAUGCAAGGGGACUGGAAAGUGGAUGUGAGUGGAAGGGACAGUCGCAGCCGCCCUCCCCCUCAGAAGACGAUGAACCCUUGGGGCUAUGAAGAGACCAAGGAUGAUUUGAGACAGUCUAUUUGGGCCGGUAGAACACCGAAUAAUGCGAACUCGUUUGCGGAUAUGUUGGCCCAUUCACCCGACAACGGACGAAAUUUGCAUCCGCCGACGCCCAUUGCUAGACCGCCUGCCAGCCGCCAAAUAAGCCCUUCGCUGAGUGUCGAUGACGAGUUCUUGUCUCUCGGAUCGUUCGAAGCAUCUGGCUACUACUCGAACCAAUCGAGUCUCUUCGAUUUCAAACAAUUUACGCAGGGGUUGCAACUCAGCGUCAAAACCGGCUCCGACAUCUUCGCUCGUGAACAAUCUUCCUCCUCAUCGGCCGAGAAUUCUGACGAGAACUUCAGUGAGAGAUACUUCUCGCCUUUUACCGACUACUUCUCGGAAAUUUCGAAUUCCCCUGACAGCUCGCUUCCCGUGGAGCCACCCGCAGCUCAAUUUGGACUGGACCUCGGCAGCAAUCCGAGUACUUGCAGCCGAGAAGCUACAAAUGCUGAGAGUUUGAGAUGGUCGGAAGAUUCGGACGAAGGUCGACAAAGCCAGCUUUCGACAAAUACAGGCGAGUAUAUCGUGAACCACAAAAAGUUCAAGACUAAAUUGUGUCGAAGCGUAACUUCUGGGAUCAUUUGUGGCUACGAGGAUCGAUGUCAGUUUGCGCAUAGCAUUGCGGAGCUUCGACCCUCCAAGUAUCCGAUAAAUUAUAAGUCCAUAAAUUGCCGACAAUUUCACACCACUGGGAAAUGUCUUCACGCUGGGAGGUGCACUUUCAUUCACAACUUGAACGAGAUUGAACAACAGAUGAUUCUGGAAUUCAAGCAGCUGAAAGGAUUCGACGAGUUUCUCAUGAACCUGUGA